AUGAGGUUGCUCAUUGCUCUGCUAAUCUGUGUUUCGAGCAUUCAGGGCCUCUAUGCCCAGUGCCCUGAACCAAAUACUCUGGUAGAUGCCAGCGGUGCCAAAGUUUGUGCCCGUAUGUUUGAGGACAGUAAUUAUUACUACGAGCAGAGCUGUGGAGGAGAGUACCUGGACGCCUACCCCGGUGAUGACGUGCCGAUUAUCCCAUGGCGCUGGAACAACCGCAUCUCCUCAUUGGUGGUGUCCAGAUCCUGUACCCUCACUGUUUGGUCCCUUGCCAGGAAGGAGGGAAGCAAGAGAAAGUUCACUGCGGGCAUCCAGCCCCGUCUAAGAGACGUAGGCCAAGGUCUCUUUGGAAACUGGAAUAACGACAUCUCUGCAUAUUACUGCGUCUGCUAG